AUGUCCUACACCAUCAAAGUCCGUGUCUUCCAAACUAACCCCAAUGCUUUUUUUCACAUCGUUGAGAAAGCGUGCUGGCACUAUGGAAACGGCAGUCAGUGGACCGAGCAGAACGGCGUCCUGACUCUCACCAUGGGUAGCAGCGGUACCUCUGGUAUGCUGCGCUUCAAGACUGAGCAGAACAAAGAGGCCUUCUUUGUCGCCCUGGGUGUUCACAACUACAAGCCCUGGGUUGAUACAGUGACCGGUCUGGGUGACGACAUCACAUGUGUCAAGGCUCUGCCUGAAUACUACGGCAAUCCAUCAGACCGUACCCGAUCUCGCGAGUCUCAGCGUACUGAACAGACGAUUCUCAACAUUGAUCGCAGGAACAUUUCGACCAAUUACAAAGUUAAGGAGGGUAACAACCUUGAGCUUGAUAUUAUCAUUGGAUAG